AUGCUUGGGAAGCCUAUUGCAAUCUUACGUCUGCUACAUUAUGAAGGUAGAGUUUUUGAUCCCAUGAAGGGAAUAUACGGAGCAGGUGCACAUUCUGAUUUUGGUUUGAUAACACUGUUGGCAACAGAUGACGUCUAUGGUCUCCAAAGCAUUUAUAGUGAAUCUUGGCGACAUGCUAGAGCGCUGGAGCAACUGUAUUUUCAGAUUGCAUACUUUGUGGAGCCUAGUCAUGAUUGUGUCGUGGAUUGCUUGCCCGCCUGCCAGUCACAAGAGAACCCUCCCAAGUAUGAAUUGAACACUGAUAAACUGUUCAUACCUGUAUCUGAUCUAAGUAUGAACAUGAAUUAA